AUGCCGGCGGCUACGCUCAUGGACCAAAAAGAGGCGUCCGUCGGGGCGGUGGACGAAUCCAUCGCUCCCAGUGAGACGACAGAAGGCUCUGCGUCGAAUCCCCGCAAAAGGAAGAAGAGCUCCAGAGCGUGCGAUUUUUGUCACAUAAACCACCAGCCUUGCGAUAAUGCAAAGCCAAGGUGUAGCUACUGCGAGAGGCACGGCAAGUCGUGCUUGUAUCUGCGCCCCCAGAAGAAGCGCGGGCCAGCACAGGGCUACCGAAGCGCGCUGCACUCUAUGCGCGAGAGCGCUGCGGCAUGGGGCGCUGCUCUCAACUUGAUACCCAGCCUCGGCCCCGUCAUCGAAGGCUACCUUCAAAAAGAGGAGGGCAAACGACUCAUCCGAGCGAUAAAGGACCCCCAGCAACAGGAGUUCUUCAUCCAGUCCUGGCAGCAAAGCUCAGUCUUUAAAUCGUUCUUUGGCGACGACGAAUCCAUAGACAGCGGCGAGGCAGGCGGAGAGGCAGCGGACGCACCUUAUGCGCCUCCUGAGCCCUCGUCCAACCCGGCAGAGAGCACUGCCACGAGCAGUGCGGAGACCAUCGUGGCCUCAGGCCAACCGCCGUACCACCCAGCGCCGCCGCCCACUGCGACAGGGACAGAUGGAAAGCCUCCUCUUGAUCUGUUCAAUAUAUCUCUACAACAACCACCACCACCGUUGCCGCACUCCUCCUCUUCCCUCUCAUACGCGCCACAUCAACAUACUCCACAGCAAGCUCAUCAUCAGCCGACGCCAUUAUCGUAUGAUGCAAAACUAGAGUCUUUACUCCAUCCUCAUUCCGGCGAGCUCUCACAACCACAUGACCACUCCAUGUUGUCAUCUCCAGAUGGUAUGGGAAGUGGCCUCAACGACAUGCACACCUCCUUGUCCGACAUUGUGGCCCGAGAUGCAGCGAGAGCGACAACAAGCUUCUCCCAGACUCUCGGAUCGCUUGGCUUUGGCCCGGAAGAAACGUUUAAUGACUUCCUGAAUAUCAGCUACAACCUCGACCCAACAGAUACGACAGCAGAUCAAGAUCCGUUGCUAGGCAGCGAGCUAGACCAGAAAGCAUACUAUGAGCUUCUCAUGGGGCGACAAUUCACAUAA